AAGUGAUAAAAAGCUUGACUGUUCAAAUAUAACAUUGAUUCGCCUUUUUCCUUCAUGGGAAGUAAAAAAAAAGAAAUAUCUGAAUGUUAUUUUCAUAUUACACAUUUCCUUGGAUAUCUCACAAAACAAACCUAACCGACUGUAAAAACAAUUUUAAAAUUAUUUAAAUGUACCUAAUCCAGUGUUAUAACGAUUCUUUAAUAUGUUUUCCCCACAUUUCUGUCAUUUUUGCACGUUCUUAGAAGUGCUUCAUUUGCAGGUUAGGUUUCCAUAAUGUACGUUAAAAAAAGUUUGCAUGAAGUUCAUGUGCAACAGAAGUGUAACUUUUUGCUUAUUAGAUAUAGAUAGAGAUAAAUUAUGAGUACCUUUUUUAUUGAACAAGAGAUAAUACUUGAAGAUAGUAAGGAUGCAGGGAUGAGGAAGAAGUACAAGGAUGACUUGGAAGUGUUUACGGAAGAUGACUUGAAGCUGAAGGAGCCGAUCGGACAGUUCCGUGUGUGGUUCGAGGAAGCUUGCAAGAGACCUGAAAUUCUGGAGCCAAACGAAGUACACCUCGCCACAGCAACAAAAGAUGGUGCUCCGUCGGUGCGGCCGGUACUGCUAAAAGGGUUCGGCACAGACGGCUUCAGGUUCUUCUCCAACUACAACAGUCGAAAGGGUAGAGAACUCGCAGAAAACCCACGUGCUGCUUUGUCAUUUUAUUGGCCGUGCUUAAAUAGAUGUGUUCGUGUCGAAGGAAGAGUCGAGAAAAUACCAGCCUCCGAGUCAGAUGAAUACUUCCACUCCCGACCAAUCGGGAGUCAGAUAGGCUCAGCAGUAAGUGAGCAGAGCAAGCCCAUAGCUGGUCGGCAAGUCUUGAUCGAAAAGGAGAAAGCUAUGCUCGCAGAAUAUGGAACCAAAAAUGAAGUUCCUCGACCAUCAUGGUGGGGUGGUUACAUUGUUGUUCCUGAAGCUGUGGAGUUCUGGCAAGGUCAGACGACAAGACUCCAUGACAGAAUACGCUUUCGCAAGCCUCGUGCCGGAGAGGAGGUGCCAGAUGGGAGAUUGCUUCACCAGGGAGAUGAUGGAUGGGUCUACGAGAGAUUAUCACCAUAAAUCAAUUGGGAACAUAACCUCUGUCAACUGCCUACCUGCCAAUUCUCUUUUUUUCUGCAUUUUUGCUUAUGCUCUUCCAUUGUCUCAUCUGUCUCUUCUGCUUCUUCUUAGAUGAUGUUCUUUCUUGAUUUUGGUUGGCCUUGAAAUUUGGCACAUGAACUUCAUUUCAUGUGUAAACAAAUGGUAAAAGAACCUGAAGUUAUGACAUGUUUCUUAAAGUUAUUAAUCCUACCUGGGUGUUAUGUAGGGCCAUAUUGAGGUUAAUAAUCAAUGGUAUUUGCAUAAUAUCUGGAGAAUAAUACCCACCAUCUUUGAUCUUAAUUUUUUUUGCUGUGUUUUAUAAUUUAAAUUAUUGAUGUGGUAGAGCAUUAAGGAAGUAUGUAUAUACAUUUUUAUUUGCAUUGUUUUGAGUCUGGUAUUAGCAUAUGACAUCUGGGAGAAACAACUGAAUGAUUCACAGGGGCAACUGUAGAUGACUUAGUAUUUGCACUAGGCCACGAUCUUGGCUUCGAAAAGAUUCCGUAGAUAUGGACUGGCUUUUGUGAGGCCUAAACAUUAAAUAAUAAUUUUGCACUGAAAUCUGUGAUAAAUUUUGAAAAAUUCAAGAUAGGAGGAGGAUCUUUAAUGCUCCCGUCUCACAUGCACUGUUGAUUUUUUUUUAUUAUUCAUUUUGUGUCAUUACUUUUAUUUUAGGGCUAUUUCUAAAAUUUUAACUCAAUACCUUGCAUUUGUUGUUCUCCUACAAAUAUUUUCAACCGAUAUUAUUCACUUUGUGUAACUUCAUGGGUGUAAAAAAGUGUGGAAGACUUGGUAAUUAUCAUAACUUUACGGAACUUUUUACACCAAAUUAGUAUCGGUUGAAAAUAUUUGUGACAGAACAAAAAAUGUAAAGGAUGUAAAGGUGGUGUAGAGUUAAAAUGUUAGGAAUAGCCUUGAUGGAAAAAUUGAAAAACUCAACAUGGCGUGUGAGGCUGAACCUUAAGAUCUCUUGUUUUAUGAGUAACUGGAGACAUUGGAGAUGGUAUGGGCUCAUGAUGGCUAGGCCGAGAGACUAGUUCCUUUGCUCACUGUUUUGAAUUGAGGCGAUGCACUUCAACAGUUAGAAAUAUUGCUCUGGAGUUCAUUGACCAGAAUUCAAAAUUAAGUAAAAUAAAUAUUUUGAUGUGUCAAUGGGAAGCUGCUAAUCCUUGUACAUGGCUUUAGUUGUUUCGUUAGUUGAACUGAUGGGCCACGGUUUGGCUUUUUAGGGUGCAGGAGAAACGUUUACCAGCAUCUAACACCUGCACUUGCGGUGUACUGAAGGAGCUUUGUAAGUCAAGACUUCCUAUGAGUAUUAGUUUUGUCUUUUUUUCAAUUCCAUUGCAUCUGAAGGAUCUUUUUUUCAAUGCCAUUGCAUCUGAAAGAUCAUGGUGGGCAUAUUAGUGAGGAAAUGAAAUGCUGUUUAUAGAAGAUCAUUGCCACGAGGUAGACUGUGCUACACUUGGAGCAAGGUGGCGCAGUGAUAAGACACCGGACUCUCAUUCCAGAAGACCCGGGUUAUCAAAUACCAGUACUGCUAACCUCUUUUCUGUUUUCCAUGAUAUCCUGAAAUCACUCCAAGCAUGUUAGGGCAAUUCCUUUCACAUCAUCGCUGGUUUUUUGAUGUGUUUUUACUUUUUCUUAUGACCAUGCUGUCCACGAGAUGUGAAACAAGUGAAAUAAACAGUUUAAGCUAUUUGCACAAAGUUACUUAAAUUUUAUUUUCCUUUUCAAUUUUAAUUUUGGCUUUUACUUUCACAGUAUGUUCAACUAUCAUGUCCAUAUUUUAAUGUUCAAUUUAAUCUUGUAAAAGCAUUGAUAUUUUUUACUAUCUGUAUUAUUUCAGGUGAUAGAUACUGUUAUUUUGCUAAUAAUAUACUAGGGAUUGUUACAAUAGUUAAAGUUAAUUAUAGAAAGUCUUCUAUAAGGUUUAGGGAUUUUUGUAAGAAUUGCUUCUAGGAGAAGAUAUUUGGUGAGGGCAGUGCAUCUCUAGCAUUCUGUUGCAGCACACAUUUUGUGAAAGUCGUUCAGGUAGAAAUAGUCAGUACCACAGUAGUGUAACUGAUAGCGACAAUAAGGGACAAGCCAUGAGAUUAGUUUUUUUUUGUUGUAAAUUUUUCGACUGUACUUAGUAUCAUAGACACUAUUGGUAUUGCAAAACAGUUUUAUUAAUUUUUAAGGGCCAUGUAAUCCCUUAGUGAUAUGAUUACGAGUAGUAAGAUAUUGAAUAUCAUUUUUCAUCUAUGGUUUAAUGUAGAAUUAAAUCUGUUUGUCUUCUAAACGUUUAUUAUGGUUAUUUAGUUUUCUUCAUGUCUUCAUGCUAUUCAUAAUUAUUUACAUUUCAAUUUUGUGAUGGAUCAAGUUUCCUUAUAUUUGAAUUUCCUAGAGUUGGCAGAUAUACAAUUGUGUAUGUGUAAUAUAUGCACCUACUCUAUUUUAACAACCAUCUGUACCAAAUAAAUAUAUUUUUUUUGUUGUUGAUUUGUGGUUA